AUGAGCGAGAGCCUUGCGGGAGAACCAGGUUUUCCGGCGGGGCGCACUUUAUCCCUCAACACUUUGAGGUUAUUAUUAGAAGACGCAGAUCCAAUAAUGGGUUAUCAAUUUUUGGUCGGAACUCGGAGCUUGGACCCUUUGAGAACGCAUCGGUCGAGAUUUGGCGAAGUUCCGUUGCCUUCAGCCGCCUUUCGAAAUACCAAACAGAGGAAACCCUUUCCCCAUUAUCACCUCGACAUACCUGUGGUGCUGUCGGAAAUUCGUCUUAUCAUGUCGUGUCUUCACAUUAACGAGGAACACGACUUCGGGAAACACCGAAGGAGAAUGGAUCCCAUAGAUCCGAACGUGCGCCAGCAUAUCUGCGUAUCAUCAGCCUUACGAAAUAAUGUGUUUACGAAAAAACCCGUAUCCUCCAAGUUAAUGUGCAAACCUCAGGACCACUUUUGGAUCACGUUUCCUAUAUCGUUCGUGAAUGGGAUGAUCAACUACUGUAACAGAUUUGUUUGGGUUAUCAAAUUAAAGGUUCACAAACCAGGAAAUUCUGUCGUUGUUCCGUCGGAGGAAGCUGCAACGUCAUCCGAUGUACCUUCAUUUGGCGGUCAGGAACUCAUGAGAAAAGCGUUGUAA